AUGGCGAGCGCAUCGCCUCCCAAGCCGUGGGAGAGGGGCGGAGCGGCCGGUGCAAGUGCAGCUAUGUCUACUACAGCUGGAUCUGCGACAGGGACUUCACUCUCAGCCCAGCCAUCCUCGAUAACAACCGGUUCCGAACCACCAUCGAUCCCCGAGCGACCGUCAACCCUCGCUUCAGCUGUGAAUAGAAAUGCGUCGGCAUACUCACCCUACGGCCAAAGUGCUAUGGGGGGUAUGGGGGGCAUGGGAUCACCGUAUGGCGGGAUGGGUUCCUCUCCAUACUCACGAAUGGGUGGCAUGGGCGGGAUGGGAUAUGGCGGAUAUGGUUCAAGCAUGAUGGGAGGGAUGGGUGGUAUGGGAGGGAUGGGAGGCUACGGCUCGAUGUAUGGCGGUGGCAUGGGCGGCAUGUAUGGUGGUGGGAUGGGAGGGAUGGGGAAUCCCAAUGAUCCGAAUAGCUUGACGCAAGGAUUUACGCAAAGCACACAAGCUACUUUCCAGAUCAUAGAGAGCAUAGUGGGCGCGUUUGGAGGAUUCGCACAGAUGCUUGAGAGCACCUACAUGGCUACUCAUUCCAGCUUCUUCGCUAUGGUCUCCGUUGCAGAACAGUUCGGAAAUCUCAGGAAUACGCUGGGAUCGAUACUAGGAAUCUUCACAGUCUUAAGAUGGCUUCGGACACUAUUCGCGAAGAUUACAGGACGCCCGCCACCAGCAGAUGCCACGGCUCUCACGCCUAGUGCCUUUGCCUCAUUCGAAGGCCGCAAACUUCUUCCAGAUGGAUCACCAGCUCAACACCCACGACCGAGCAAGAAGCCAUUCCUCUUCUUCAUUGCAGCCGCAUUCGGCCUCCCAUAUCUGAUGGGGAAACUCAUCAGAUCACUUGCAGCUUCUCAAGAGGAGGAGGAACGACGUCGUCUCGCUGCAUCAGGACAAAUCGGCCCAGACGGCCAGCCCCUCGGACAGCAACUCGAUCCUGCAAAGCUCGAGUUCUGCCGUGUACUAUACGAUUUCACCCCCGAGACUGGAGCUGCUGUCCAGGGCGUCGAUCUAGAAGUAAAGAAAGGCGAUUUAGUCGCAGUGUUAAGCAAGAGCGAUCCGAUGGGUAAUCCCAGCGAGUGGUGGAGAUGUCGAGCCCGAGAUGGCCGAGUAGGAUAUCUCCCAGCAGUCUAUCUCGAAGUCGCGCGGCGGCCAGGCCAAGCUAUUGCGGAAAUCAAGAGCGCGAGUCAAAGUGGGAGUAGGACGAAUAGCCUUACCAGUCUAAGCGCCAAGGCGCCGCCUGUAGCUGGAAAGGCAGGAGAUAUGAGCGUGGAGAGUUUCCAAAAGAGCCAAUUUUAUUCGUAG